UAUCUGACUUGACUUGGUUGUGGAGUGUGGCCACAUUCACCCUUUUCAAUAUCAUUUUCAACAAAAUCUUAUUGUAAAAUCCUAUAGGUAUGAAUAUCCAGUGCUCUAGCAGCCACACAUGCAUAAAUGCCAUCUACCUCCUGGGGUAACUGCCGCCCACUUCAAAGGAAAUCCCAUGUGCAGAAAGACAUUUCUGUAGAGCUCUUAUAAAAUAUUAGUUUCUUUAUUAGGAAGAUAAUGUUGCCUUAUGAUGUCUUUGUUUCUAUAGGCUUGUUACCACAGCUGAUAGGUGUUGCUCCAGAAAAGGCUAUUAAGCUAACUGUUAAUGACUUUGUCAGAGACAAAUUUACUAAGAAAGAUGGUUCCAUUCCACUCCCUGCAGAGAUCCUUGCUGGAGGCUGUGCAGGAGCUUCCCAGGUCAUCUUCACUAAUCCACUGGAGAUUGUAAAGAUUCGGCUGCAGGUAGCGGGAGAAAUUACUACAGGACCCAGAGUCAGUGCCCUCUCUGUUAUGAAAGAUUUAGGCCUUCUUGGUCUCUAUAAGGGUGCCAAAGCAUGUUUCCUCAGAGACAUUCCCUUUUCUGCAAUCUACUUUCCUGUUUAUGCUCAUAGCAAACUGAUGCUCGCUGAUGAAAAUGGCCAUGUGGGAGGGCUUAAUCUCCUUGCAGCUGGAGCCAUUGCAGGUGUACCUGCUGCUUCUUUGGUAACCCCUGCUGAUGUCAUCAAGACAAGACUGCAAGUGGCAGCUCGUGCCGGUCAGACAACAUACAGUGGAGUUAUUGACUGUUUCGGAAAGAUUCUAAGGGAAGAAGGCCCUUCGGCUUUUUGGAAGGGAGCCGCAGCUCGCGUGUUCAGAUCUUCACCCCAGUUUGGUGUUACUUUGGUCACUUACGAACUUCUGCAGAGGUGGUUUUAUGUCGAUUUUGGAGGCAUCAAACCUUCUGGAUCAGAACCUAUACCGAAAACUCGAAUUUCAGAUCUUCCUCCUGUUAACCCCGAACACAUAGGUGGAUACAGACUUGCUACAGCUACAUUUGCUGGUAUAGAAAAUAAAUUUGGUUUGUAUCUUCCCAAGUUUCGAUCUUCUGGCACUGUCUCAGCUCAACCAAAAAGUAGCAGCUGAAUCCCAAAGACACAUUUCAGCCUCUGGAAGUGAUGCAGUGCUAGAAAUUCACAAGAAUAGUACUGUAUUUUUUUCCAGUCAGCUGCAUGUUUUUCUUGCUGAACUGAGAUUGCAAAUCAAAUUACUCCUUUCUAAUAUUGAUAUAUACACAUUUACCUGUUUCUGAACUAGUUCUUGCACAUAAACUGACUAAAGCUUUGGGUCUAUGCCUUGUUUUUAACCAGUGGCAUGAAUGUUUAAGCCUAAGCUUUGCCUUGCACAGCUUGCAUUUAAUGUUACUGUACAUAUUGUACAUCUUUGUACAGAGACAUCAUGGCAUCUCUACACAUUUAUAUAAUGGAUAUUGCAGUUUGAAAUGUACAGAAUGUUUGGAAGGCUUUUUGUUAAGACUCACGUGACAAUAAAAUAUUUAAAACCAUUU